UUUGCUGCGCUAGUAGUGUCACGUGAUUACUUCAAGAUGGCGCUUUGCUGUGCGAUCAGUAACGAAGUUCCUGAGCAUCCUGUUGUAUCUCCAGUGUCUGGCCAUGUCUUUGAGAGGCGUCUUAUUGAAAAAUAUGUCAAUGAAAAUGGAACAGAUCCGCUCACAGGUGGCAAAUUACAAGUUGACAUGCUUAUUGACAUCAAAACUUCUCCCCUUGUAAAGCCACGACCACCCACAGCUACAAGCAUCCCAGCCAUCUUAAAAGCCUUGCAAGAUGAAUGGGAUGCCGUCAUGCUUCACAGCUUCACGCUUCGUCAGCAGCUACAGACAGCACGUCAAGAGUUGUCUCAUGCCCUCUACCAGCAUGAUGCUGCCUGUCGUGUAAUUUCUCGUCUCACCAAAGAAGUAACAGCUGCUCGUGAAGCUUUGGCAACACUCAAGCCUCAGGCGGGUAUCACAGCUGCUGUAGGCAGCUAUGCAGCUCCAGCGCCUCAGCCUGCUUAUGCUGCUGAAGCAGGCCCUGAGGCAGCACAACCUGUUGAGGAGACUGGCAUGAGUGAUGAAGUUAUACAGAAGCUGCAAGACAAGGCUACACUGCUGACUGCUGAACGCAAGAAGCGAGGCAAAACUGUGCCAGAAGGACUUGCCAACAGUGAUGACAUCCGAGCAUACCGCCAACUUGCAUUCUCACACGGUAAAGUAAUUCUCCCUGGAGUUCACAGUGCUAGCGUUCCUGGUAUUCUGGCUCUGGAUUUGUGUCUUCGAGACACCUCCCGCAUUGUCACUGGAGGCAAUGACAAGACUGCAGUAGUCUUUAACAAAGACACGGAACAGGUUAUGGCUAUCCUGAAAGGACACACCAAGAAAGUUACAAGUGUCAUCUAUCAUCCAGAAGAGGAAAUUGUCAUCACUGCCUCACCAGACACAUCAAUCCGCGUGUGGGGUGUUGCCAAUGCGCAGUGUGGACAGAUGAUUCGAGCUCAUGAUGCUCCAGUAACAGGCAUCAGCCUUCACGCCACUGGAGACUACUUAUUGAGCUGCUCUACUGACAUGUACUGGGCAUUUUCUGACAUCCGUACUGGCCGUGUGCUGACCAAGGUGCGAGACCAGAAGUGGAUUCCUGCCCUUACUUGUGCCCAAUUUCACCCUGACGGUCUCAUCUUUGGCACUGGCACUGAUGAUGCGGUCAUCAAGAUUUGGGACUUGAAGGAGCGUGCUAAUGUCGCCAACUUCCAGGGACACCAGGGAGCUGUAUCUUCUAUUUCUUUCUCUGAGAAUGGUUACUAUCUGGCCACAGCAGCAGAGGAUUCUGUUGUUAAGUUGUGGGAUCUUCGUAAAUUGAAGAACUUCAAAACUCUACAGCUGGGUGACAACUAUGAGGUAAAAGCAUUGUGUUUUGACCAGAGUGGAACCUACUUAGCUGUGGCUGGCACUGAUGUCAGGAUUUAUUUGUGCAAACAAUGGAAUGAGCUUGCUGUAUUCAAUGACCACACUGCCGCUGCUACUGGUGUACGAUUUGGCAACAAUGCCGGCUUUGUUGCAUCGGUUAGUAUGGAUCGAUCGCUCAAGUUUUUUGGCAUGUCGUAAAGGCUUUUGGUGGCAAGGAGACAGGGGAAUGCCUGGAAUAAUUUUACAUCAACUUUGUGGGACACAAGUGGCUCAUUCUGGACCUGAACAGUUCCCAUUGUUCUGUUUUUUCAUUAGUGUUCUGCCCAUCUCUAUAAACAGUAACAGCUGGUUUUUAUUUUUUUUUUAAACCAUUUUCACCCUCAUAUAUAUGCUGAAUUAUGAUGCUGGAGUCUUUUCAAAUCCCACUGCUAGACCAGAAUAUAAAAUGAUGACCUUAGAAAUCAAGUCGUGAGAAAGAAACGGGAAUCACCACUGUCAUUAAGGGUUGGGGGAAAAGCAGGAGACUCUUACAAUGUUAGAGGCUCUACUGUGGGGUAUGUAGUUUAGCAUGAGUUUUAACAUUUGUCUGUACCAUUAGACAUUGUUCUUUACAUAUCCUUGACAUUUUCUGCCAGUAUUGCUGCUGUCUGUAUUGUACUGCCAGUACACAUUUUCUGCUAAGAACUGUUGUAAUCUUGAAUUUUAACAAAAUAAUGAUGAAAGAGUUCCUGAUGGUUGUGCAUACUGUGAAACAUAUAAAACAGUUUCUGGUUGUUCAUUAUGGUCAUUCUUAUGACUGUAUUAAAAAAAAAGCUAACCAGACAGCUCCAGCAUCAAGAACCCUGUUUUGUACUUAUGAAAGAUACAUAUACUCUAGUACAGUGAAUUAACAGCAGCAGUAAAAACAAGACCCAACUCAUAGUUCUUAGCAAAUUAACAAUUUUUAAAUGGGAGCUAAAUGCCAGCAGUGCACCAGCCAUAAACAACUGAAGCACAGUAAUGGAAGGGACAGUUUUAAAAUGGACUUUCGGAAAGAAGCCCAGGUACAAGCAUUUAUUUAAAGGCUAGGUAAAAAAUACACAAGCCUUCUGAUGGCUCAGUCUUGCUGAAAAAUUAUCAAAAUGUGACUUGCACCUCAGAAAAUUUAUUAGAAUGAUACCAGGAAAUGUGAAUUCAUUGGAUAUUUUGCAAACCAUUUUUUUUUACCAUAUUCAUCUGUUGAAUAAGAAUGGUCUGGUUCUAAGAAAUGAAAGGAAAAUGUCUCUUGCAGCAAAAGUGAGGUUUUUUAUGUUAAAAAAUACAUGUUAAAACUUUGUGUCUAUGACAAAUAAACAUAAUAGAUUAUC